UACUAUGACAUAACAUGAUUUAAACUAGUUAAAAUUUAUUAACUAAACAAUAUGACCCCUACAAAUUAUAAUAUAAGAUUAGUUAAUGUUGAGAAUUUGAUUAUUUUUUUGUCGUUACAUCAAUCACAUGUACCAUACACGACAUACAAAAUGAAUGUAUCAAAUACAAUUUAAGAAUUUAGUAAACAAGCCUAGCUCGAACUCGACUCGGCUCGUUAAUAAAUGGCUCGAGCUCGGCUCAUUUUGUUAACGAGUCAAGCUCAAACUAGAGUAAAACUCAUCUCAGCUCGGCUCAUUUGCAGCCUCGUUCCUACAUACAAAUACGAAAAAUUAAAAUAUCUAAUUCAAGAAAAUAGAAAAAAGGACCUUCUCUUCCUUUCCUUUCUCCUCAGUGCACUUUCUCAGCCCAUUCCCUCUUGUUUCCUCCUUCUCUCUCUUUGCUUUAACCAUAUCAUAAUAUAUAAAAAAAACAUUUCUUAUUAUCAUUAUUUUGUUCUCUAAUGUUUAGUCACACCUCAACAAGUGACAUCUUGUCUCCCCUUCUCUCUUCUCUCUCCAUCAUUUUUUUACUCAAUUGGGUCACCUUUAUCAACCCCUCACUUGAUCCCUCUCCUUCAUUCAUCUGAAUACCUUCUUCCUCACACUUCUCCUUCUCUAGCCAUAAAAAAAACCCUUCCUUUUCUCUCUAGGCCCAAUCCUCUUCUUCUUGUUCUUCUUCUUCCCUUUUGGGGUCCUUGAAUUGAUUCCUUCCCAUCCAUCAUAACCCCCUUUUGGGUCUUCUUCUCCUUCAAUGGCUGAUCCCUUUUCCAAUUACUUCAACAACAAUGGCUCCUACAACAGUAACAACAGCAGCAAUUGGCACUUCAAUCUCCCCUACCACACCAAUAAUUACCUCAACCAUCUCCACCACUUCUCCUCCUCCACCUCAUCAUCAUCACCUUCAUCCUUCACUAACUUCUUCUCCUCAACACCAUCAUCAAGAGAGCAGUUUCAUCAUCAUGAAUACUCACCACCUUCACCUCCAAUUAGGGAAGCACUCCCACUGCUGAGCUGCCUCAGCCCAACAAGAAGGCCCAUGGACCUGGACCAUCACCAGCUCAUGACUUCAUCAUCAUGUGAUGAUGAAGAAGAAGAUGGCACUGUCACUGUGGCUCUACAUUUAGGGCUGCCCAGCCCAAUAUCUUCCUCCUCCACAGCAGCAACUACACUGGAGAUUUCUGCUGCUACUAGAAAAGAAGCUGUGCUUAAUAUUAAUGGGAGAUCUGAGGUUGCUGUACUUCAUAAUGAUAGCAAUAAUCAUGGUGGUGAUGUUGAUGAUGAUGAUGAUCAUUAUAGUAAUGGGAGUAGCAGUAACAAUAAUCAGGUGCAGCAGCUCCAUGGUAGUGAUCAUGGUAGUAAUUAUAAUAAUGGAGGAGGAGGAGGUGGAGGGAUGAUGGUGAUAAACAGGAUAAACAGAGGACAGUACUGGAUCCCAACACCAGCUCAGAUUCUGAUUGGCCCAACUCAGUUCUCUUGCCCUCUUUGCUUCAAGACCUUCAACCGCUACAACAACAUGCAGAUGCACAUGUGGGGACACGGUUCGCAGUACCGGAAGGGCCCCGAGUCCCUCCGCGGGACACAGCCGACGGCGAUGCUCCGGCUGCCUUGCUACUGCUGCGCCCCGGGCUGCCGGAACAACAUCGACCACCCGCGGGCCAAGCCGUUGAAGGACUUCCGCACCCUGCAGACUCACUACAAGCGGAAGCACGGGAUCAAGCCCUUCAUGUGCCGGAAGUGCGGCAAGGCCUUCGCCGUCCGCGGUGACUGGCGGACCCACGAGAAGAACUGCGGCAAGCUCUGGUACUGCACUUGUGGGUCGGAUUUCAAGCACAAGCGGUCGCUGAAAGACCACAUUCGGUCGUUCGGCAGCGGACACGCGGCCUACGGGAUCGACACGUUUGAGGAGGAAGAAGAAGAGGAGGAGUCGGAUGUGGAGCAGCAGGAUAACAACGAGUCGUGAUGAUGAUGAUGAUGGGUGUGACUCGGUGAGUUGAUAGUGUUAUAGUAGAUGGUUUAGCUAGGGUUUUAGAGAUAUGGCGGGGAAGGGUAAUCAAGCAUGCAUUAGUUUUUGCAGAUUUUGGGUUUAUCGUUAUUACAAUGUGGUGGGGAAGUCGUCAAAGUAAUCCAGCAAUGUAGCUUAGCUUGGAGGACGGAUUGAUGAUGAUGAUGAUGAUGAUGAUGAUGAUGAUGAUGAUGAUCGGUUUUCAUGUUUAAGUGUAUUAUUAUUUGAUGAUUUUCCAUGCAUGUGGCGGUGUUGAUGUUAACUUAGGUCGAUUUUGGGGCAACUUAAACAUACACCCUCCAUUUAUCGGUUUUUCCGAGUUACGAGAUGGUACUGAUCAUGAAGUUUUGCCAACAAAAAAAAAAGUGAAAAUCGAUGACAAUCAAAUUGAACAAUUAGAAAUCAUCAUAAAAAACAAGUGGUGUCGAUUAAGAUCAUAACUUACCGACUUAACAAGUCUGGUCGCUUUAAACUCUUCAAAAACGAAAUUACGAGUUUUCGCUUGGUAUAUCAUGCCUCGAGUAAAUGACACCUAUGAUAUAGUAGUAAUUAUUGUUCUAUGUAUAUUUCGAAAUAAUCAUAUGAGGGCACAUUGAACCGAUAUAUGAUAAACUGAUAUAGUUAUAUAUAGAUAUCACACUCCAAAAGAAUCGUUACAACGUUAUAUGAUUAGCACACUAUGUGUUACUUCACUAAAUAAUAAAUAACUAAACCACGUUAUUAUUAAUAGAGUGUAGAACGAAAAAUAAGACAACAUGUCUCAUGUUUUCAUUUACCCUAUCUAUCCCACUAACUAUACAAUAUUCACCUGACUAUUACACACACGUGUAUGGGCGAUGCACACGUGUGUAGGACUGUAAGUAAGUGUGUGAGACUGAGUUGUACUACUGUUCUUCAUGGUGUGUUUUGUUCUACAUGUAAGCGUUUGCACAAACAAAGGGGGAGCGCAAGAGAAGGGAAUUAAAUGGGCAUGUGCUGUGUUGUCAACUUCUUGUCUUCAAUAAUUCCUUUUGCAUCUCUCUCUCUAUCUAUCUAUCUCUUCUUGCUGUACUUUGUAUGGUGGAAAAUACUGAAAAUUGAAUUGUACAUACUAGUAUAAUAUAAGGGUUCGUGAAACCGUACUAUAUGAGCGCGGUUCGACAGGAAAAAAAAAAUCUCUUAUCGAAGUCUGAAUCGCAGUAGACAGUUUUUUAACGGUAUGAAGUUAAACCACGACAAGUUCAACAUAGAAAACACUAUUUUUUCCCUUAAAACAUUCAAUGCAAUCUUACAAUAUUGAUUACAUAGUAGUACCCUUCCCAAUAUAUAGAGGGUAGGUUAGGACAUAAAAGGGGCAUUGGAAAAAGAAAGGAGAGGAAAGGCUAAAACCUUGCCAAACUUUGCCAUAGCUAGGGAUGUGAUUUUUACAUAUAGAACCCCCUGGAGGAUUGAUAAGUGGUUACAAAAGAGAACCCAAUUGGCCAAAGAAGAAAUUAUGGGCCAGCCAGUACUCUAGCAAGCUAUAGCUACACAAUUUGUGAAGAGUUUUGAUUCACAGUAUAAUGUUGUGAGAGUGACCUCUCAAGGCCAUACUUUGAGUGAUGAUUAUGAUAAUGGAGAGGAGGAAAGCAAAUGGAGAAAGAUGUCCAGAAGUCAUAACAGUGAUGCAUUCUUGCAAGAGCUUAUAGCAUGCAAACAAAUGGGUUUUCUUUCUUUUUCUAUAUAUAAUAAUAAUUACAUUAAUUUCUUUCCUAUAUGGAAGAGGGUAUAUGUGGAUCUUGUUGGCAGCUUUACCCAACAAUGGUUUUGUGGGUUGAUAGAUAGAUGGAUGGACAGAGAGCAGCAGCAGCAGUCAAAUGGGAGAGUCUUGGUGAAAUGAUGAGGAAAUUGAUGAUAAGUCAUUUCAAUGGCUGCCAUGAAAGAAAAAGAGAGAAGAAAAGAAAGAAAGGGGUGGAGUCAGUCAGAGAAAAAAGAGGAGAGGAGAGUAUAUGGGUACUGUUGUACAUGGUUGGUUUGGCCUCAGUACCUGUACCAUAUGAGGCCAACCAAACAGAAAACCUGCCCAUCUUAUACUAUGCACUACUCUCUCUCUCUCUCUCUCUCCCUCUCUACAAUGUUCAAUUGCAAUAAUGGUCAUUCAUUUUGCACUCAAAUUUGAGUUGAGCCUCAACAAACUUUCAAGUUGGAUAACAAAAAAGUCCUCACAAAUUGAUACUAAGCAUAGUUUACAUUGAAGACCUCUAAUUUACCUCAUAAUUAAAAUCAACAGACUAAACCAAUUGUUAGAUCCAUUUCAACUACAUUCAAAAACCAACCAUCAUAAUCUCUAAAUGCUCUACUCCACAACUAAUUAAAGACAUGACUUCUUUGGUUUGUAUUAGUAAUUAUUUGGAUGAGUGGACACAGUAAAGUAAUCAGGAUGGAAUUGGACGAAAACUUUUGGUUUGUAUUAGUAAUUAUUUGGAUGAGUGGACACAGUAAAGUAAUCAGGAUGGAAUUGGACGAAAACUUUUGGGUUAACAGAUGGGAUUAAUGAGCGUCUUGUUAGUCAUUUCCAACUUGAUAAAAAAAACAAGUUGAUUGAGUACUCAAAGUUUCACUGACCGUUUUAUACCCAGUUGACCUUCUUUCUUUUCUUCCUUUUAACAGAGGGGAGAAGGAGUGGACUCAUAGGGUGGUAAUAAAAGGGCAGCCAUCAGUUCAUCAGCUGUCACUUUGAGUAGUUAUUAGUUUUUUUUUUUUUUUUCACUGCAUGUCUCUCGAUUUAACAGCAGAUCUUGCUCAACAAUCAGGUGAUGAAUACGAGAGAGAGAGGGAAAUAUUAAAAAUAACAUUACCUUUUCUUCUUUUUUACCUUUUUUCAUCUUUAUGGGUUUUAUUGGUUUUUAUGUGGGGGUUCUUUGCUUGUUUUUACUUUGGUAGUAUCUCAGUGAGAUGUCAAAGUGUGCACAGGCCAAUUCUCUCUUCUUGUUCAUCAGAUCAUGAUCAUCAGCUAGCUAUGUAGCCAUAGCCAUCUGACAGUAUAUACUUAGGCAUGGACACUUGCAUUAAUCCUUCUGUGGUUUAUUUGGGAAACAAACAAGAUGAUAUACCCACCAACCUUAUUCUCUCUCUCUCUCUCUCUCUCUAUCUCUCGAUAAUUACUUCUACACAACCCUUUUGUCCCUUGAACAUUUUGCUUGCUAUUCUAGCUUUUCACUGUGGACAAACAUGAUCCCUCUCCAGAUGUUGAUCAUCCCCAGCCAGCCCUAUAGCUGGCUUGCAUCAAUCAACCUCACAACAUUAAUGUUUGGUACAUGUCACAUAGGGGUUGGAGGGUCAUUUCUUGGUUACUAUCAAGUAUCAACUUGCUCUCGAAUAACUAACGUAAUAGUCGACUGCCCACCUCAUCUUAAUCGUUCAAACUAACGUGCCAACUCACGCAAUGAAUAAACAUAAAAAAAAUGUUACAUGCAUAGAGACCAACAUAUGUAUAUCAAUGACAUUCAUCAUACUCCCUUUCCCACUACCACUUGGUUGGCUAACAUGAUUUUUCGGCACUCAAUCACUGAAUUCGGUGAGAUCACACACCAUGAUAUAGUCAUUCAGACGAGAAAAAUCGGAGUAGUUGACUGUUGUUAUGCUAGUUUCCCAACUUCAGGCAACAAACUUGUUAAACAUCAAAGUUAUUCAAUGACUAACCGUGCUAUUAAUCCAUGAAUAGUACAGUGACUGUUUAUGUAAUUUUACUCGCAUUAGUGAGUGAACAAUUCAGAACAAAAUGUUUGGCAAGAGAGGAGUUAUUAACUUAUUAUUAUUAGGUUUGUACUUCACAUCUUAUAUCAUGAUGAUGAUAAGCCUAACUCGAAUGAGAGGUGAGGGAGGCAAAGGAAUUGAAGGACUUCGUUGUGUUUAUAUGAUCAUGUUCAAUAAUGUAGACAUGUGUGAUUGAUUGCUCUCCCGUCGUUUACUGUUUAGGGCAUAGGAAGGCCACGUGAAGUAUGCUAUAUUUGAGAGCAGCAAACCACAUUGUACCAUUCUUCCCUUCUUCUUCUUCUUCCUAUCGGUAUUUUUUGUAUGUUUAUUGUUUUCUCAUGUUCGAUAUAUAUGGCUUGAAAGAGAGAAAGCUGCCUACUCAUGUUUGCUCUUUCACCUUAAAUUCUGGUGAUAUGUACACAUGAAAACUUUGUGUUAAUCUCUCAAUGGGUACUUUUCCAAACCAAUCUUUCUGUCUUUACAUUGCAAUUAUGAUGGUGUAUUGGGUUGUUAUGUUAAUUACAGAUGACUGGUUUAAUUUCAACACAUAUCCCGGCCGAUUCAUAUUAAAUUCUUUAUUCACCCUAGUUUCAUUUUAUAUUCGCCGUUCCAGAUAAUACUUAUGAUCUCUUAUAUAUUCUCUUGUAUGAUAGCUUACUGGAAGGUUUAUAUAACCUAUAUAGUUAUUGAUUCGGGUGACCGGUUGACAUGCUAAGAGCAAUGAAAGUUGAUUGAUCUUUUGUACAAUUGAGCUAAAAAUGACAGAAAACUGAACUCUAUAAAGGAAAAUCCUUAAUUCUAUUGGACUCUCCCUUGUCAUUGUGGGUUGCCUUUAUCAAGGUCCUUUAUUAGUGAAGUGUUUCUUUGGUAUUAUAUGGAGAAUCCCAUUGUUGCUGUGCUGGGGCCUCAUGGUUGGAGAAUAUGGGCAAAAGUUUAAAAAAAAAAAAAAAACAGACACUAUGAUUAAAGAGCACCAUAUAUACAUAUAUUAACAAUGCAUAUGUUUCUGAGCAUAUACAAUUUGGUCACCAAAUUUCCAUAUCAUCAUGUAGGUCUCCCCUUGCCCUCCACCUUGUGUAUAUAGUGACCAAAACCCACAAAAGUUUUUUUUUACCCUUUUCUAUUCUCUCCUUUAUUUCCACCAAUAGUUUGCUAGUUUUACACGAUUGACUCCAUGAUAUGAUUCCAAGUUUAGCUUUUCACAAUGGAUAAAAGAAGUGUGGAGAUCUUGUUGCCAAUGUAAUUGGAUACCUUUGAUUGCACCACUACUUAAUUGAAUGAGUUGACAAGCAAAAGUCUCAUGAGAAACGUAAUUAUUUAAACACCAAAUCACCAUUAAAUAUCUUCUGAUUAAAUAUGUAUCUAACAGUGCAUCUUCCCACUCGUUCAGUACAAUCGAAACGAGUCUUGAGUUACUCAAUGUUUCCGAGACUUUUACACCCCCUACUUGUUAAGAACAGUAAUAUCAUUGAUUAGUAAGAUGUUUCUUGCUCCUCCUCUAACACCAUGAACCAUUUUUUGUCAAAAUUUUGAGACUAUUGAUAAUCAAGUAUGAAGGUAUUAUCAUUGGCAUUUCCCUCUUUCCCUUUCAUGUUUCUUCUUUGGUUGAUGACACACUUUUUUCUUGCUCUUCCUUUUGCCUCUUUUGCUUUAAGAGGGUUUUCAUAGUAGCCCUCUUUAUUAACUCUCCCUCUCUCUUUUCCUUUCAUCCUUCUUUGACAAAUCCAAUCAAAAGCUCUCCCCUUUUCUCCCACCACCCCCUCCAUAUCAAGGAAAGAUAGGACUUGACAUCUUUAAUCCCCAUGAAUCUCUCUCUCUCUCUCUCUCUCUCUGUUUUCUGUUUUCUCACUUUCCCCCACAAACCUCCCUUUCCUCUCAUAUUUUUCUCAGUAACUCACAGUGAUGUGUUCUUUCACUAGAUCCUUCAUCCAUUUCAGGAAAGAAGGGAAAACAGCAUAGUUCCAAACCAUGACCAUCAGUUCGAAAGAUGCUGCAAAAAAUUAACUGAGCUUUUUUUGUCUGGUGAUCUCUGUACAUUUUUCCAUCGUUUCUGUUGCUGCUGCGGACUGUUGUAUCAUAUAACAUAACAUAACCUUGGCAUGAAAAGAUAGUUCAAGGCUGUUCUCCGAGGUGAUGUUUAGUUGGCUGGACAGCAAGAUCGUGUUUGGAUUUUGUGCCUCGUAGUACCAACUACCAAAAUAUCCACCUCUGGUUGUUUCAUGGGCUCAGAUUACUAAAACUGUCAGCUCGUGGGCUCAAGGUAAAGUAAAGCAGGCUUCAUAAAACUUUGAGGCCCAUUAUCUAUUCUGUUUGCGAACCGUGUAUUACCCAGCUAACAAUGGAGAAAACCAUAUUAAUGGUAAUAAUAUAUAUAUAUAUAUAGGAGUUUGGAAAUUCAGUAAUGAGAUUUGAAAGGGCUGAUGAUCUGGUUACAGUUCUCUCUUUACAUUUUUCCCGCUCGAUUGCUAGUUACAAGU